AUGGGAGCUACUCCUUCCCAUAACCUUGAGCUCCUUCUUAGCCGCCUUCCGUUGCAUAAGCAAGUGGAAAUGGAGGCGAUUCUGUGUGCAUACCGCCUCAAGCUCAUGGGUCUCUGGAAGUCCCCUCAUCACCUGUCUCUGUACGAUAAACUGUGUGCAAAGACUAGUAAGCAUCCGUACUUUACGAUGCCUUCUGACUGGAUGUUAAAACAAUUCAGCUUUAAUGCCAAUUAUAACACUGUUUCCUUCCAGAGAGCAAUGGAAGGAUGUACAGGAUAUCAUUGGCAAUGCACACGAAAUCUGGAAAGCUUGCUACUGUCUGAAGCUUUAGCCACAUUGGCUUGUGUAAAUAACUGCCUAGAUCGAGGCAUAAGCGGGAAGGUUAUCAGAAUCAUCUCUGAUAGCCAAGCUGUGUUGAAAGCUCUCCAUCGAGACUGCUUCUCUACCAAGACUGUUUGGGAGUGCCAUAAUGCACUGGUAAGACUAGCUGGCAGUAAUAGGGUUUCCCUUUACUGGGUUCCUGGUCACCGUGACAUUGUGGGUAACGAACUGGCAGAUCAGUUAGCUGAGCAGGGCUCCAAUGCACCAUUUAUGGGACCCGAGCCUGUCCUCUGCCUGCCCUGCAAUGCAGUAAGGACUACUGCAAAGAACCUUCUUAUGGAUGAAUCGUAUGGCCAGUGGCUUCAGUCCGAGUCUCAAAGACAGGCCAAGACUCUGAACCAGCAGCCUCCCUGGCUCAGGUCCAAGGAACUGCUUAACUUGAGUAGGAAUGAGAUCAAGAAUGGAAGUUUGAAGUUUCAUUUAGGAAUACAUUCUAACAAAAAGCCAUAUUCUUGUGCAAUUUGUAAGAAAUCAUAUUUUCGGAGUGAAAGUCUCAGGAAGCAUUUGAAGACACAUACUGAAGAAAAACCAUACUCUUGCGAAAUUUGUAGGAAGUCAUUUUCUAUUAGUGGAAAUUUAAAAAGCCAUUUAAGGAUACAUACUAAAGAAAAACCAUACUCUUGUGAAAUUUGUAAGAAGUCAUUUUCUCAUAGUGGAAGUUUGAAGUUUCAUUUAGGAAUACAUUCUAACAAAAAGCCAUAUUCUUGUGCAAUUUGUAAGAAAUCAUAUUUUCGGAGUGAAAGUCUCAGGAAGCAUUUGAAGAAACAUACUGAAGAAAAACCAUACUCUUGCGAAAUUUGUAGGAAGUCAUUUUCUAUUAGUGGAAAUUUAAAAAGCCAUUUAAGGAUACAUACUAAAGAAAAACCAUACUCUUGUGAAAUUUGUAAGAAGUCAUUUUCUCACAGUGGAGAGUGGAAUUCACAUUCUAACGAAGAGCCAUAUUCUUGUGAAAUUUGUAAGAAGUCAUAUUCUGGAAGUGAAAGUCUAAGGACGCAUUUGAUUACACAUACUGAAGAAAAACCAUACUCUAGUUAA